GGCGGAUGUUUAUUGGUCAGUGUAAGGUGUGUGCGCGAGAGGAGCUCUGUUGCGGGGCCGCCGCUGCUUGUGUCUGGUGUCGAUAUGCAGAGGCGCGCCGGGAGAGAGAGUCACAAGAGUAAAAGGAAUGUACGAAACCAAGACGGCGUGUAUAAGUUGACGAUUCCAGAGGCCGAAUCCUAAAUCCGUUGUUUAUAUUUAACGAUCGAUCCGACGCUUUAUAACAGCAGCAAGGGCUGUGCGAGUGUCGCGCGCAGGCAGCUAACGCUAGUCAUGUAGCGCUCCAUUCACACAGACGCUAACAUGGACACGACUUCACAUAAUACUGAUGAAAUGUGUCGCCUUUGUGUCCUCCUAACACUUGUCUAAACCGAUCCCUAUGGAGAUUGUGUGCAUAUGGUGGGACGUUGUGGAUUUAGCUAGUCAGAGCACAACAUUCACCCAUAGGAAACGCUCUCUUGUGUUAAAUCUGUGACUUUGAUUUGGUAAAACCCGAUAAAAGUGCGGUUCGGGUGUUGCUUUGAUCACAAACCCCUCGAGAGACAGCUUUAUUUUAUGUUUUUAUGGCCGGUGUUGAGCAGAUAAAGUUGCCUGUAGCUUAAGCUCGGAUCAGACCAAAUGAAGGAGUAUAAGGUUGUUGUGUUGGGCAGCGGCGGCGUGGGUAAGUCCGCACUUACGGUCCAGUUUGUGACCGGGACAUUCAUAGAGAAAUAUGACCCGACUAUCGAGGACUUCUAUAGGAAGGAAAUCGAGGUGGAUUCGUCUCCCUCGGUGCUGGAGAUUCUGGACACUGCUGGCACCGAGCAGUUUGCGUCCAUGCGAGAUCUGUAUAUUAAAAAUGGGCAAGGCUUCAUUUUAGUAUACAGCCUUGUCAACCAGCAGUCAUUUCAGGACAUCAGACCAAUGCGGGACCAGAUCGUUCGCGUGAAACGCUUUGAGAAGGUGCCUCUGAUCUUGGUUGGGAAUAAGGUGGACCUGGAGUCCGAGCGGGAGGUUGCUGGCUCCGAUGGCCGUGCCCUUGCACAAGAAUGGGGUUGCCCGUUCAUAGAGACCUCGGCCAAAAGCAAGAGCAUGGUGGAUGAGCUGUUCGCCGAGAUCGUGAGGCAGAUGAACUACACCACUUUGCCCGAGAAGCAGGAGCAAUGCUGCACCGCCUGUGUUGUGCAGUGAGCUUCCUGGCUUUACGUUUACUCCAGGCACAAUAUCCAUUGAAAACUCUUAAACCGGUCACUGCUUUGAUGAUCUUAGGACCCUAUGAGCCACACCUGUGCCACUGAGCCCCUUGAACUCUGAUACUUAAAGACUUGCGAGGCAUGGCUUUGCUGCCCAGAAGUAAAUCAACGCAGGGUCUUGUGAAAUCCACUGGGUCUGGAUUGUAGAGCACAUAUACAAUAUCUUCAAGUUAUCUUUGGGAAACAAGUCAAGUCUGCAAAUUGGAGCACAGAAAACUUUUGGGAAUGGGGAUAUCUGUGACAGGGCUAUUAAUAGCUAUUUUUCUUAUAUAGGGAAAGGGAUAUGACGAGCAGGUCAGCUCAGGGCUGCCAUACCCAUGAGGAAGCUCUGUUGUAAAUUUUCCUGUUUUUCUUUUAACAUAUUAAGUUUGAUAUCUUAUUAUAAAGGUUUAACAGCCAUUAUGCAGGUUUGAGACCUCAAUAUAUAACGUUUCUUUUGUUUUCUCUGGGUUUUUUUAACUACUGGUAUGUAUGCUUUCUCUCCUAAUACUCUAUUUAUUAAAGUCUUUAAUUACCAAGAUAGAAAAAUGUUGCGUUUUUAUAUUCUGUUGGCUGUUUUGGCUUUUUGUGACUACAGUAUGCUUUGUUUCUGAUGUACAGCAUUGAAGAUGCCUUAAAUGAAUACAGUCUGAAA